AUGAUCUAUUUUGUCAUAAUCAUGCAGCUCUCUCUGGCAUUGAAUGGUGAUUUGGCUGACCAUUAUUGCGUAAAUAAAUGGAAAAUUUUGACCGACCAUUUGAAGAUAUACACUCUGAAAAAUGUAAGUGACACACGCUGGGAAGCUCGAAUUGAUAGCGUCAAAGCGGUUCGUUAUCAAUUAUGCGAAAUGCAUGACGCUUUGGUUUCCUUGGCCGAUGCUACUGAACAAAGCGAUGCUGCGGUGUCACACGAAGCGACAACACUAGGAGGACAAUUAAAAGACUUAAGCUUCAUUGUUUCUCUUGUGACAUGGUAUGAUGUUCUGUUUCAAAUUAACGUUGUGAGUAAAGCAAGUCAGUCACCCACAAUCAACUUCGUCGAGUUUAUGGGAAUCCUUGACAAAUGUUGCUCUUAUUUGGAAACAUAUAGACAAACAGGUUUCGAACAAGCUAUUGUAACAGCAACUGAACUGGCUUCGGAUCUUGAUACGCAGCCAUUAUUUAAACCACAAAUGCGAUUAAGACGUAUUAAACGCAGGUCGGGUGAAGAGGCUGUUGAUGAUCAAAUAACUGACCCAAAAAAGAAGUUUAAAGUAGAGUUUUUUGCGACGUGGAGUUUCUUGUUUGACAUUAAAAAAAAUCAAAAUAAAGAAGAACUAAUACAAUGCUGUUCUAAAUUACAAGAAAAGUUAGUUGUCAACAUGAAGUCAGAUAUUGAUGGAAAUUUGCUGUGCGACGAAAUUUUAGGCCUGCAACACUAUCUCGAAGACAGCCAGGCAACGCCUAUUGAAGCCUUAAACUUCAUAAAAAAGCAUAAUCUUCAAGAGUUAUAUCCCAACAUCUGGAUAACGUUACGUAUUUUGCUAACAAUACCAGUGACUGUCGCAAGCGGCGAACGCAGUUUUUCCAAACUGAAGUUGAUAAAAACGUACUUGCGGUCUACAAUGUCUCAAACAAGACUAACCAGUUUGGCCUCACUGUCCAUUGAAAAUGAAGUUGCAGAAAACCUGGACUUUGCUAAUCUGAUCAGAGACUUUGCCGACAGAAAAGCGAGAAAAGCAAAAUUUUAG